AUGGUUUCUCUCUUUCCCACUUUUAAUCGUAGAUCUAAUUUCUUAUCUCUCACCCUCUCUUCCAGAUCUGGUUCUUCCUCAUUGUCAUUUGAAGAAGAAAGAUAUGGAAACCGCUUGCUUCACUUCGAUUUUAACUUCGAUUUCCCUCAAAGAUUUUGGUUGUUGAUGAUAAUGUCUGACAUGGAAUUUACGUUGAGACUUUAUAAGAAAGAACAUGAACCUCCUCCGAAUAAAAGCAUAGGUUAUUAUGCAGGUGAUACAAAGCUUUUUCAAGCUCUAGCUCGAGAUGGUGUACUGAAACGAGAUGAAUUGAAUGAGCUUUAUGACUCGAAAUUGGAUCUGGAAACUCCGGAAGUGGAGGUUACCGAUGAGAUCAAAGCAUUCAGGGAGCUUUUAGGAGUGGAUUUGGAGAUGGGUCCAUGUCUUAAUGAUUUAGUUGCAGCUUGUGGUGCAUGCCAAUCAUGGUCUCGGGUAGAUCGAAUGAGGUUAGGAUAUCUUUGCAUCUAUGCUGGUUACAUUGAAGGUCAGAGAGAUUCAACACCCACCCCUACCAAUGUAAAGAGCUUUGUUAUGAAGAAUACUAUGGUUGAGAUGCUCCCUUUAUGGGAUGGUGAUGUACAAGAUGCAAAUGUUGAGAACAUUCUCAAUGUAGCAUUUGAUAAAGGCUGGAAGUGGCAAAACAGUCAUUGGCCAGUUGUUGGUGUUAAGUUCUAUAAGUGUGUGAAAGAAGAAUCAGACAAUGAGUAUAACAAAAGAAGUUGGUAUGAGAAAUCUGAAACUGUCAGCUUUCACACAGAUGGACAAAGCCGGAAGAGGUCUCGUAGUGUGGAAGAAGAUUCGGUGUCAAUGAUACGGAAACUUCAAUCACACAUUGAUGAUUGUGUCAUGGAUUUGUCAACAAAGAUAGAUGAUGGCGAGAAUGAUGAUGAUCAGAACAACAUGCACCAUGGGAUUUUUUAUGUUGGGAUUAGUACAAAAUCUAAAUCGAAAACUCUUGCAAACAAAAGAAUAAGCGAAAGGAUUCAUAGUAAAUUCGUUAACGUGGAACAUGGUGAAGUUCAAAGUCAGAGUGUCAAUGGCGAUGAGCCAAGUGUUAUGAUUAUUGGCAGAGUAGAACCACGACCAAAUUAUGUUUCUCCUUUUUUAGGACAUAAAUACGUUAAGUUCAUCAUUCCAAAAGGAAAAAGAUAUGAUCCUUUUGAGCCCGCUAAUAAGCAAAAGAUGAAGCUUUGUAAUCAUAAACUAAAUUGUGAUGCACAUGGAUGGUGCAAUAUGUCUACUGAGUACUCGAAGCAUCCAAAGUAUUUUAGGAGCAACAAAAAUUGCUUUGUUGACACAAUCUUAUUCACGAUGUGGACUGGCAAGUACAAGGACUUCGUUGAUUUUCCUACAAAUGAAGAUGGUUUCGGUAAACUCUUACCCCCUGCAGCGUUGGAUUAA